CACAUGGUAUAACCCUUAAGCAAGCUUCAAAUAUCAUGAUGGUGGAAUUGGGCUUGAUACAGAGUCUUGUCCAGUUUUACAUCAUCAUAAAGAAGAUCUCCUUGAUGCAAAGAAACUUAGGUUUAAGCCUAAGACAACAACACUUGGUCCAACAUUAUCCAGAAUCCUAUGCCUAUUCAUCAAGACCCUACAGUUAACAAAUUGGCUGAUAAUAAGAAGAAAGAUGAUUUGGUUGAAGCCUUUGGAAGUAUGAGCACAUGUGCUAUUGAUGAUGAGACUAAAGCCAGUAUGGCAACUAUGCCUGUUCAUGGCAAACCUCUUGUCACUUGCUCGGUGGAAUUCUUUCCUUUGCUCACUUUCAAUCUAUAAUGUGUAGUGUCAGUCCACUUAAGGCUGCAACAAGGAUGAUUCUACAAGCACUUUCAUAUUUUCUGAACCAUUUUUGUCUUCAUGAAUAAUGUUCCAUUUCUUUUUAAAUUCAAUAAGACAUGUUGCAUUAUCAUUCCAUGUCUUUUCCAAAUACCUUUUCUCAAUAAAAUUGCUCAGUUUAU